ACUGAUGCAGACGAUAACAAUUACAUCACUUCUCCGGAUUGUGGUCCUUGCUGGUAUGAGCACAUGGCUAAUUUGCAUAAUUUUCCCAGAAGCCAAGUUGAUUGUGAGCCGCCACAUAUCCGGUGACGUCAUCAAAACUUGCUCAACGGAAUAUUUUGCAAAACAACAUGAUUUCUUUCACAAAAAACCUGCAAAAUACGUGAUACCCUGACCAGAGUGAUACCAAAUUCCGCCUACCUUUAGUAAAGAUCAUCAUGGAUGUUGACAGCGACUUUGAUUCGAAUCUGUUGCAACAAUUCAGCUCAAUGGGGACUCAAGAUAAAGACGUCCUGAUUGCUGAGUUCCAAAAACUUCUUGGGAAUCAGCUGAAUCCUGCAGGAUGUGCUUUCUUCCUAGAUAUGAACAAUUGGAACCUACAAGCUGCAAUAUGUUCGUAUUACGAGUAUGAACAACCGACAGCUGAUAAGCUACCACAGAUGACUUUUGUCAAAGACAUCACCAUUGGAGAGGGGGAGUCUGUGCCUCCAAGAACUGCUUUCACUAAAACAUGGAGAAUCAUGAACUCAGGGGAUGAAGCCUGGCCACCCGGGUGCUCUUUAAAAUUUCUUUGUGGUGACCAGUUUGGUCAUCGUGAUCGUGCCAUGGCAAAUGCCCUUCAGCCCGGAGCUGUUAUGGACAUUAGUGUAGAUAUGUCAAGUCCUGCAAAUGCGGGGAUGUUUCAAGGACAAUGGAGGAUGACUACAGCUACUGGAAUGUUCUUUGGUGACAUUAUAUGGGUGAUUCUCCAAGUGGAAGAAGGAGGCGUCUUGGGUCUUACGCAGCAAUUAUCCCAUAUAGGGAGUGAAGAGUUUAACACACAUAGUCCUCAAAAACCAGAGAAUCCAUUUGGCUCGCCAGCCACUAGAGACAUUAGCAAUCUUAGUCCAGUGAUCUCACCUAAUUAUUCGUUACUAGCUCAACACGGAAGCCCGACGGCUUCACCUCAUCAAAUCUCGUUUACUAGCACACCUGUAAGGACAGCAUUAUUUCAGGAUUCCAUAAACAAUCGGCAGUCAAAUGAUUCACAAAUGACUUCAUUUUCACUAAAUAAUUCCACUGAUCAAAACCACAUAGACACGAGUAACCAUGGUAACACAAGUAACCAAGACAUGGAUAUGCAAUCUUAGCGAUAAAAUCAUCUCGUUGUUAUAUCAAAUUAUGAUGAUGUGUUUUAUGAUGUCAUAAAGUGAUGUCAUGAAGUGGUCUGACAUCACAGUGGGAAUGUGCAGUAAUCCAUAUAUUUACUAACCAAAAUGAAAUACAAUUUGCUUGGAAAGCCGUGUCCAUUCAACAAAACCAAUUCUACGAGGAUCUGUGUGCUGUGUGUUCAUAAAGCACUUUCUCCACAAUAUAUAUCGAUGGGAUGCAUGCAGAAAAUUUGCAGGUGACGACUUAAUCUAGGAUUUCCUUUCACCUUUAGAGAUUAAAGUCUUGACCUGUGGCCUAAGACCAAAUGAAGGAACAGCCACAGACGUGAAGGAAUGGAUUGGAAAUUCAAAGAAUCUUGUCUCCGCCUUAUUUUGCCUCUAGAGGGCGGCACUGUAGUUUUCAGGGUUGAACAGCGCAUAGCUGAGAAAUGAUAACAAUGACCUCAUACUAAGGGAACAAUGGUUAUAUAAAUGGUAUUGGGUCGUAAGUUGGAAAAUGUGCAUGCGUGAAAACUACAGCGCCUCUAGCGGCAAAUAUCGGCUUAGACCAUUGGUUCAAUGGAAGUCUCCUCUCCAUUUCUUCAAGUCCAUGGAAUUAAAGACAGCAAUCAAAUUGAAAUGUUUUCUGUCUUUUUUACACAUUAUAUGAUAGAUAUCUAAAUUCAAGUAAAUAUGUUUGUUAUAAAGAGCAGUUAUAAAGCUCACUAGUAUUUUUAUUUGUCAAAGAUAAGAAUCACACAAAAUUUCAUGAUUUGAUACUUCUUAUAUUUUAUCAAAUACUGUGUAAAAAACUAAGAAUAGAGACAUAUAGUGGAAAAAAUCACAAGUAUGCCACAUUGAUGGCAUCAUGUUGGGGUCCUUUAAAGUGGCAUUUUACAUCUACGGAAACCACUAUUUUCCCAUCUGUAUGCUUGACUGAAACAUUUUUACUAAUUCCUCAUAUUUACUAAUUCAUAUUUGUACAAAAAUUGUUUCCUUGUUUUGUUAAACUAUUUGUUAUAUGUUUGCUUGCAGGUUCAGUUUUUGGCCUCCAGUCAGGCAUUUUGAGUAAAUAUUCUUUCUGAGUUUGUGAACACAGAAAAUAUUUCCUUUUUUUAGUUUUCAGGAUUCCUGGGAAUCAACUCAUUUUGAAAUUACUAAUACUUAACAAUUGUUACCGAAAAUUAAAUUCAUAGACUGUUUAUAUGGUUUAAACAUCGCUUUUUUGAGGCCAUUUCCUGAAAUUUAACGUGCUGAUCUUUAAUUCAGGAUUAGAAUUUAAACCUCGGAUACUGUGUUUUGUUGGUUAAUUGGAUGUCUACAAGCAAUCAGAAUUGAACAUUGUUUCUAUAUGAGACUAUUAUCUGGAAUUUAAGUGACAUGCUGAUCCACAGUUAGGGCUUGAAUUUCAACCUAAGAUACUCUAAGUUGCUUUAAUUUGAUGGCCAUUUUAUUUGGAUGAUUUGGCGGAUCGCCAAAUUAAGUCUUCACCAACUUUUUGAAAAAUCCCUGGAACCUUAGGUCUCAUUGAGAAUUCUUUCAGUAUUUUGAUUGUUAACUAAUUUUUUACAUUUUGGCACAUAUAUGAAGGUAAAACCUCCCU